AUGGAUUACUUACAAUACGACAAAGUUAGCGCUUCGCCUGAUUCUUCAGCCUGUUCAUUUGUGGAUGAUUUUCCUGCAGUUUCUGAUGAAAGUCAAGAUUCUAACGCUGAAAGUGUACCGAAAUUAAACCUGAAAAUCAAAAAGAAAAAGAACAGCCAUUUUCACCAAAUUCAACAGAGAGAGGCAGCAAAUCUCAGGGAAAGGAAAAGAAUGCAAUCUAUCAAUGAGGCUUUUGAAGGACUCAGGGCUCACAUUCCCAUGUUACCUUACGAGAAAAGACUUUCCAAAGUUGACACAUUAAAGCUGGCUAUAGGCUACAUAGGGUUUUUAUCGGAACUUGUCAAAUCUAACGUUGGAACCACAAACCCUCAACUGUCAUCAAGCAGGGAAAAACAGAAGAAAAUCGUAAUCAAAUGUCACUAUAGCACGCGAGCAGACGACAUAGCACGUGGCUGGCAGCCUCUGGCGGGUCAUUCCUUGUCUUGGAAAGACGAAAAGAACCCGGGCCUUGGUCCUAAUCGGACAUUGUUCGCCAAGACCUGGGUACCAGAGGAUCCAACAAAACAUAAAAAUACAUUUGAGGAGUGUGGCGAGGUGGUUCAAGCGGACUCUACAAUCAGCUUAUAAAUAUUAAAACGUACAGAUUUUAAAGAAAAGACGUAUUCAA